AUGAGGCGCCGGCCGAGCACCGCGCUCGCCCUGCUGUGCCUCGCCGCCCUCCUGGCCGCCGCCACCGCCGCGCUGCCCGCCGGCGCCGCGCCGCCCGCAGAGCCCGGCAGCGGCAGCGGCGGCCCCGCUGAGAGCAGCCCGGGCACGGCGGUGUCAGCGGGGCCGCCGGCGGGGAGCGGGACGGGGCUGCGCUCCAUCCUCCGCCGGGCGGACAAAGGCGCGGCCGGGUACGCGGCGAGCCCCGUGCGGGGUGGGCGGAGGGACCUGCGGGACCCCCGGAGCAUCGCCCGGCUCCGGUCCCCCCGCGGGCGGGGGGAAGAACUGGAGCUGCCACCAUCCCUAGGCAGUGAAAAAAAGGAGAAAACAGACCUGCCAGGCUGGCUCAGAGCAAAGCUUCACCCACCCAAGAAAGGCCAGAAGAAGAUGCCAAGAGCCACCACUGGACCUGUCCUCUGUGAGCUUUUCCAGCUCUGCUUUGAAGCCAUAGGAGACCUGUGCAACUGCAGCUCGGUGGGCAGCGCCGGAUGCGACCGCACGACGGGGCAGUGCCUGUGCCUGCCUGGCUACACGGGGCCACGCUGCCACAGCUGUGCCCGUGGCUUCUUCCCCGAGCAGGGUGGCCAGCAGUGCCAGCCCUGCAGCUGCAGCCCUGCCGGAGCCACCAGUGACCAGUGUGACCACUCUGGGAAGUGCCAGUGCAAAGUCGGUGUCACGGACCUGAAGUGUGACCGGUGCAGUGAGGGCUACUACAGGUUCAAUGAGAGCUCGUGUGAGCCCUGCCAGUGCAACAACCACUCCCAAACCUGCGACGGCUCCACAGGCACCUGCCUGGACUGCCAGGAGAACACCGAGGGGAAGCACUGUGAGCUCUGCAAGCAGGGUUUCUAUCUGAGCACCCAUCCUGCCCACGGCUGCCAGCACUGCCCCUGCUCCAUCGUGGCAUCCACUGGCACCUGCCACAUACAGCCUGGCGAGAGCGUCCCGAGGUGUGACAAGUGCAGAGCGGGGUACACUGGCCUCAACUGCAACCAGUGUGACAAGGGCUACUACAACUCAGACAGCAUCUGUGUGAGGUGUAAGUGCAAUGGGAACGUGGACCCGGCGCUGUCCCCCAGCGUGUGCCGGCCGGACAGCGGGGAGUGCAUCGGCUGUCUGUACCACACCACGGGCUUCCACUGUGAGCUGUGUCAGGAGGGCUACACCAGGGACCCCGAGGGCACCAACUGCACCAGGAAAGAAGCCACUCUUGGCCCAGAACCAACAGAGUUUACAACUUCUGCUCUAAAUACCACCAAGGCCACAUCCUUUUCCACAGCAGUGCUAAACAGUACUUUGUCACCAACAACUCUACAGACAAUAUUUCCUAUAAGCUCCUCUGACAACAGCACCUCCGCUUUCGCAGAUGUUUCGUGGACUCAGUUUAACAUCAUUAUUUUGACAGUGAUCAUCAUUGUUGUGGUCCUACUAAUGGGCUUUGUGGGUGCUGUCUACAUGUACCGUGAGUAUCAGAACCGAAAACUUAACGCUCCCUUUUGGACCAUUGAGCUCAAAGAGGACAACAUCAGUUUCAGCAGCUACCACGACAGCAUUCCCAACGCUGACGUGUCGGGGCUGCUGGAAGAUGAUGGCAAUGAGGUGGCCCCGAAUGGACAGCUCACGCUGACGACUCCCAUGCAUAAUUAUAAAGCUUAG